UAAUUUCAUAUAAGACUUUAGUUUUAAUUUAAACCAGUACUAUACUGAAUCGAUAGUGGCGCAUAUGUCACGAAAAUGAUAAUCUGAAAACGUGGGACAUGGAAAAACAUUGUAUACCACGUCUAUUCUGUAUCUCGUCUGUGCUUUUAUACUAUAAAAAAUACACACUUCCCUACCGCAGAUAUAACAUCCCAUUUGAUACUUGUCAUAUUGUCAUCUUUCGUAUAUGAAUCGUCUGCUAUAUAAUGAUGAAUAGUAUUUAAAUUAAAUUUACAUAAUAUUACUGAAAAGAUGACAUUAUAUCAUUUUGGAAAUUGUUUAGCUUUAGUUUAUGUCCCAUAUUAUCUUACCUAUAAAUAUUCAGGGUUAUCAGAAUAUGGUGCAUUUUGGAAAUGUAUUCAAGCUGGAGGUAUUUACAUAUUUACACAAUUAGUAAAAAUGCUGGCACUUGCUACUUUUUUCCCUACAGCAGAUAACGUAGGAGGUGAAGGUUAUGAUUUAAUUGGUGAAUUUCUAAAGUCUUCGAUAGAUUUAGCUGAUUUAGUAGGAAUUUUAUUAUCAUUGAACAAUAUACCUGGUAAAGGGCAUGCAAAAAUUUUAACUGCUGGAGUUGGAUGGGCUGGAGCUGAGGUAUUACUUACUAGGUUCCUCCUAUUAUGGGUAGGAGCUAGAGGCGCAGAAUUUGAUUGGAAAUACAUUCAAAAGAGUCUCGAAUCUAAUAUUAAUUUAGUACAACAUAUAACUACAGCAACACUUGUAUGGUUAUGGUCACGACAUGAUCUAAAACGAAGUUUAGUUCCAAUAGUAGUUGGUAUGCUUAUACUUACAGUAUAUAGGCCACUUAUUUUAGAUUUUCUCCUAGUAUUUUUUUUAACUGGCCCAUGGUCAGCCCUUAUUGUUAAAGCUACUACUACUUUCAUCAUGGGUGUUACGACAUUAUAUAUGUAUGCUGGUCUUGCUCAUUCCAUAGGCAUCUUUUGAAGAACAUUAUGUGUAUGUUUUAAAAGAUCAAUAUUUUAAUCAUAUUACCAUACACAUUACAAAGUAAAUCUUAUUCUACUACUAAAUUAUGUCAUUGUUCUACUAACAUUUUAUUUUAUAUAAUAAAAAAAAUUGUACCAAUAACAAUAUUAUGCAUAGAAACAAUC